AUGGCGGUGAAGCGUAAGGCUUACGACCUAAAGCAAGAUGAUAUGGAAAGGGAUGAAGCAUUUCAAGAGUUGCUUCAGCCUGAAUACAAGGGAAAAAAAUUGACUGAUGAGAUCAGCAUGGCAGAGGAUAAGUGGAAUUUAUUACCUGCAUUUUUGAAGGUUAAAGGGUUAGUAAAACAGCAUUUGGACUCUUUCAACUAUUUUGUUGAUGUUGACUUAAAGAAAAUAGUCAAAGCUAACGAGCUUGUGCUUUCUGAUGUUGAUCCUGAAUUUUAUCUAAAAUACUUAUCCAUCAGGGUUGGCCACAAAUCGACCUCGUCAGCAGGAACGAAAGAGGUCUUGCUAGCGCCUCAUGAGUGUAGGCUUCGUGAUUUAACGUAUUCAGCUCCAAUUUAUGUUGAUGUUGAGUAUACGAGAGGGAGAAAGAUUAUCAUGCAUAAGGAUUUGGAAAUUGGAAGAAUGCCUAUAAUGUUGAGAUCCAAUAAAUGUAUCCUUGAUGGUAUAGAUGAUUCACAAAUGGCAGCAUAUGAGGAGUGCCCUUUAGAUCCAGGUGGUUAUUUCAUUGUUAAUGGAACUGAAAAAGUGAUUUUAGUGCAAGAGCAGUUGUCUAAAAAUAGGAUCAUUGUGGAAGCCGAUGAGAAAAAGAACUUGGUUCAGGCCUCCGUUACAUCUUCUACGCAUGAAAGAAAAUCAAAAACGUAUGUGAUUACAAAAAAUGGUAAAAUAUACUUGAAGCAUAAUUCUAUUGGGGAAGAUAUCCCAAUUGUUAUAGUUUUGAAGGCUGCCGGAGUAACAUCAGAUUUAGAAAUUUUGCAAAUUAUUUGUGGACAUGAUCCUCAUUAUCAAGAUCUUUUCGUUGUUAAUUUGGAGGAGGCUGCGAAGUUGGAUAUAUUCACCCAACAGCAGGCAUUGAACUACAUUGGAAAGAGAGUUAAGACUAUCAGAAAAGCAGGUACUCCUAAACUUUCUCAAUUUCAAGAAGGUAUCGAGGCAGUUGCAACAACAAUUAUAGCACAUAUCACUGUUUCUGAUUUGCAAUUUCGUGAGAAAGCUUUAUACAUAGCGACGAUGGCAAGAAGGGUUCUAAUGACCAUGCAUAAUCCAAAAAUGGUCGAUGAUAGAGACUACGUUGGUAACAAAAGGUUAGAGUUAGGUGGCCAGUUGAUGUCAUUGUUGUUUGAGGAUCUAUUCAAAAAGUUCAAUUCUGACUUUAAAGCUAAUAUUGACAAGAUUUUGAAGAAGCCAAGCCGUACCUCAGAAUUUGAUGCGCUACUUUCUAUUAACAUCCAUUCUAAUAAUAUUACUAUGGGGAUGAACCGUGCCAUUUCAACAGGUAACUGGUCUCUUAAACGUUUUAAGAUGGAAAGAGCAGGAGUGACACACGUGCUAUCAAGAUUAUCAUAUAUAUCUGCAUUAGGGAUGAUGACUCGUAUAUCUUCACAGUUCGAGAAAUCAAGAAAAGUCUCGGGACCCAGAGCAUUGCAGCCAUCUCAAUUUGGUAUGCUUUGUACAUCAGACACACCCGAGGGAGAAGCUUGUGGGUUAGUCAAGAAUUUGGCACUCAUGACUCAUAUAACUACCGAUGAUGAGGAGUUGCCAGUUAAAAAUCUAUGCUAUGUAUUAGGUUGUGAAGAUAUUUUAGCACUCGAUUCAGCAAGCUUGUACAUGGAGGGAAAUUAUGGUAUAUUUCUUAACGGUACCUUAAUUGGAACUUCAAAAUUCCCAGCUAAGUUUGUUGCAAACUUUCGGUCCUUGAGAAGAAGCGGUAAAAUCUCCUCGUUUGUGUCAAUCUAUACUAAUCUUCAUCAAAUGGCUGUUCAUAUUGCGACUGAUGGGGGAAGGGUUUGCAGGCCCUUAAUUAUUGUCGGUGAUGACAAUGUUCCAAAGGUGACAACCUCUCAUUUAAAACAUCUCCUAGAUGGGAAGUGGUCGUUUGAUGAUUUCUUGAAGAGAGGAUUGGUGGAAUAUUUGGAUGUGAACGAGGAGAACGACUCCUUAAUAGCAUUAUAUGUCGAAGAUUUGAAAAGUGAAACCUUGCAAAAUUACACACAUUUAGAAAUUGAACCAUUCACUGUUCUUGGUGCUGUUGCAGGAUUAAUUCCGUAUCCUCAUCAUAACCAGUCUCCCAGAAAUACUUAUCAGUGUGCGAUGGGUAAACAAGCAAUUGGUGCUAUUGCCUACAAUCAAUUCAGAAGAAUCGAUACUCUAUUAUACUUGAUGGUCUACCCUCAACAACCAAUGGUUAAAACAAAGACUAUUGAACUCAUCGACUACGACAAAUUGCCUGCGGGUCAAAAUGCUACUGUAGCAGUCAUGUCAUAUUCCGGUUAUGAUAUUGAAGAUUCGUUAGUCCUUAAUAAAGCUUCCAUUGACCGAGGAUUUGGGCGUUGUCAGGUUUUAAGAAAAAAUACUGUGACUUUGAAGAGGUACCCUAAUCAUACGAAAGACAUUGUAGCAGGCAUGAGAAUUGAUGAAAACGGAGACCCAAUAUAUGUACAUGAGUCACUUGGCCCCGACGGAUUGGGAGAAGUUGGUAUGAAAGUUGAUAAUGGACAAGUCUAUGUGAAUAAAUGUGUUCCUACAAAUGCUGGUGAAUCAGUUUUGGGCGGACCAGAUCAACCUCAGCAGAGCCAUGAAAGCCAUAGAGAGACACCGGCUUACUAUAGAGGUCCUGAACCAUCUCAUAUAGAUCAAGUUAUGAUGUCUGUCGGCGAUAAUGAUCAGGCAUUAAUUAAGGUCCUUUUGAGGCAGACAAGAAGACCCGAACUUGGCGACAAAUUUUCCUCACGACACGGACAAAAGGGUGUCUGUGGAAUAAUCGUUCAACAGGAGGAUUUACCUUUCAAUGACCAAGGUAUUUCACCUGAUAUUAUCAUGAAUCCCCAUGGAUUUCCUUCUAGAAUGACGGUAGGUAAAAUGAUUGAAUUAAUAUCAGGUAAAGCGGGCGUUUUGAAUGGCUCUCUAGAAUAUGGGACUUGUUUCGGAGGUUCAAAGCUUGAAGAUAUGUCUAAGAUAUUGGUAGACAAGGGAUUCAGUUACUCUGGUAAGGACAUGUUAUAUUCAGGAGUCACUGGUGAAUGCUUGCAAGCAUAUAUAUUUUUCGGUCCUAUCUAUUAUCAGAAAUUGAAGCAUAUGGUUUUAGACAAGAUGCAUGCAAGGGCAAGGGGACCUAGAGCCGUCUUAACAAGACAGCCUACUGAAGGAAGAUCUAGAGAUGGUGGAUUGAGAUUGGGUGAAAUGGAAAGAGAUUGUGUGAUUGCCUACGGUGCUUCUCAGCUUUUGCUAGAAAGACUUAUGUUGUCAUCUGAUGCGUUUGAGGUAGACGUUUGCAGUAAGUGUGGUUUAAUGGGCUACAAUUCCUGGUGUACGUCCUGUAAGAGCUCAGAAAAUGUCAUAAAAAUGACGAUUCCGUAUGCAGCCAAACUAUUAUUCCAGGAGUUGAUAUCUAUGAAUAUUGCUCCAAGAUUAAAGUUAGGAGAUGUAUUUUGA